UCAUUGGGGACGAUGCGUAAGUGGUUUCAUCAGAGAGGGAGGGUGGAAACGUUUUCAUGCGGAGCUGGAAGGAUUGAGCCGGCUAUGGCUGACGUCAUUGGGGGAGAAUGCAUUCAGCCCAUCUGGGCCCCAAUUGGCACAUCAUCAUCCUUAUGAUCUGUGCAGCUGCGUUUGUUAUCUCUAUGGCUUUGCAGGCAGGGAAGAUGCCAUUGGAGUCGAUUGCUUUUGAUCUCAGGAAUGAGAUUGACUUCAUCCUCAAUUCGUUCAUGGAGCAGAUGGCCGAAAAGCCGACGGUGGAGAUUGCUGCAUUUGUUGAAGACGAAAUACCACUGUUGAUCAAGGGAGAUCCAUUGAGGUUCCGACAGGUGAUCGUGAAUCUUCUUAGCAAUUCACUCAAGUACACAAAAUCAGGACACGUACUCCUGUGCGUUCGACUGGCACGACCCGGUGAGGAGUUCUCCGGUGGCUACCUAAGUCGCAAUCCGCAUCCUGCUCACAAGGCCUCCAUGGGUGUCCCAUGCAGUGCAGCAUCACCAGCCUCCUCUACGAGCUCGUCCCGAAAUGCAUCAAAUGGGGGAAAGGUUUCAGCUGAAGUUGUCGGUAAUUCUACGGAGCAGGCAGUUGCCGGAAGUUCGAACAAGGGUGGAGAUGGUACAUCGUAUGGACCUCCAAGGCAGUCCGCAUCCCUGCAAUCUGGCACUUCAUACGAUGAAAACCCCAACCGAAGUACUGACAGCAGCAGGAGCCCAAAGGAAGGUAGAGACAGAUCAGGGUGGGCUGAUACACAGAUCACAACUUCUCGGUACCCAGCUGCUGAUUCGGAAGAAGAGAAGACAGUGCAUCUGUUGUCGUCCUCCCGAUUGCAGCCGGAGAAAAGCGAGACGCCGGCUUUUGCCAAAAGUCUACUUCAGUCUUGGAGACAGUGGAGACCGAAGAACACAUUAGAACCAGUCAAGACGGGCAUGAGCAAGGAGGAGGAGGAGGGUGGAGAACAGAGGAAACCGCCUGAUGACGUGUUGUCAGUUAGUGGCAAACGGACAGCGGAAUCAGAUCAAUCAUGGUCAAAGCUAUGGCCUGUUGUCGACCCCACGCACACGGACUACCGUGGCCCUGUCGGAAUCGCUGACUGGAAGGAAAUUCGGCUUGUGGUGUCCAUAGAGGAUACAGGAAUUGGGAUUCCAGAAGCGUUGCAGGGGCACAUGUUUCGACCUUUCAUGCUUGCAGAUGUGGGUACUGCUCGCCUGCACAGUGGCACAGGUAUAGGGCUAACGAUAAUCAAGAAGUUGGUAGCACUGAUGGGUGGUAAAGUAGACUUUAACACCACUCCUGGUGUGGGUGCCACAUUCUACUUUAACAUGAAGGCAGAGAAGGUAGAGGAAGGGAGUGAGGAACCGACCUUUAAUGCCAGGAGUGAAGUACACCGUCAUCUGGAUGGUGUCAUUGCAGUGGUCGUGGACGACAGACCCGCGCGAGUAGCAGUUUUGGGGAACUACUUGAGACGACUGCGAGUUAAGUUGGUCUCCGUCAACGCUCUCGAAGAUGUCCCACAGGUUUUGCAGGAUUUGAAAUCUGGUCGGAUGGAAUUUUUGAAAGGUAACAAAGGUGACGAUGCAGCAGAGGAGGCGUCCAAGGGGCAAGAAAAGGGCCAUGCUGCGGACGGCAAGGUUGAAAUGCCGAUUGUGGUGAUUGUGGACGGAGAAUCGUUAGACAGAAGGGGUGUUCUAAAAAGAGACUGCAAGAAGGUUUUCGGGGAUGAUUUGCCAAACAUGGUGCUGCUGAUGAACGACAAAUCGUGGGAUAAGCAUGCCGCAAAGAAUGGUUUCAAGAGCACUAUGAUGAAGCCAGUUCGCUCAAGUGCCCUUCUUGCAUCAUUGACUGCAAGUAUCGGCCACCUUCUCACAUCGUCAGACACAACACCACAAGCCACCAAAUCAGAUGCUGCUUCCCAUAGUGGAGACACAGCAAACGUGAUCAAAGUCCUCAUAAAAGGAAAACACUUCCUUGUGGUUGAUGACAAUAUGGUGAACAGAAAAGUGAUCACCAAGCUGUUGGAGGGCUUUGAGGUGCAAGCAACAGCAGUUGCUUCAGGGCAAGCUGCACUGGAUGUUCUCAAGCAUCCCCACACCUUUCACUGCGUAUUGAUGGACAUCCAGAUGCCGGGGAUGGAUGGCUAUCAAGCGACGAAGCUGAUCCGCAGCAUGGAGAAUGCGACGAAGGUGCCGCACGUUCCUGUCUUUGCUCUCACCGCCGACAUCUUGCCGGAGACGAAGCGGUAUGCAAAAGAAGCAGGCAUGGAUGGCUAUCUGAUGAAACCCAUUGAAGAGGAUGCAUUUUGGGUUUGGUGUCCGAUGGGAGUUUGCAAUGCGCUUGCCACGUUUCAGCGAGCAAUGAACAUGACGUUCCAGAAUUUCGUCAACAAGACACGGCUGACGCAAGGGAUGAUUAACUUUUGUGCGAUCGUGUACAUGGACGAUAUCCUGGUCUAUUCGGAAACCUAUCACGGGUUUGCGCAACAUAUUGAAUGGACAUUGGGCGCACUGAGAGAUGUUGGGUUCAAGAUUGCGCUGGAGGGAAAAAGCGAAUUUUUCCUCUCGAAAAUUUCGUUCUUGGGCUACGUCGUGACACGUGGAGGAUUGCGGCCGGACUUGAGAAAAGUUGCGGCGGUGAAGGAAGCCCCGGUUCCCACGUCACUGACGCAGUCCGAUAUCCAUCCUCGCCUUUCCUGCUGUCUAGCGACCCUUGUUGUCCCCGACAUUCAUCCCCCACACUGGGAACUGUGGCGCGAAGACUUCGUCGAGCUUUCACUGUGCUUGGUCGAGGCACGGCUGACGUGGACCGAGGACAAGGAGCGCCCGCCUUGCAUAGAGCGCCUGGAGUUGCUGUUCAUCCAGGCUUGGCGAACCAACGUGGAGGGAGAACUCCUCGUGUUUCUGUUCGGUAUAGUACGGCCCGGACAUCAGGAACUCAUCGCGCAAGAGCUCGCGAUCCCGGUAGCGCAGCUGGCGGACGAUCUCCCUCUCGACAUCAUCUCGCAAGACGGCGAGCACCCGAUUCCUCAUGUGCUUUCUCGCACGUUGACGCCGUAUCUCCAGUGGUCGGCUUGUGUGCAGGGAGCCGCAGAGCGCAUCCCGCCGUCGCAGCAGCAGUAUUUGGAUCCCAGGACGGUUUGUGAUCCUGCCUUCUUCAGGCAUCCAACGGCAGAGCAGCUUGCUGCCAUUCGAGAGGAAGAAGAGGAGGGAGAAAGCACUGAGAGUGACGAAGGAGAAGACGAGCGGGAAGAAAGUGGGGAAAGCGACGAAGUACUCGGGGAAGAGGACGAAACCCCCGAAGAAGGAAGCUAUAGCGAGCAUAGCGAGGGGGAGCUGAGCGAAGAAGAAGAAGAAGAAGAAGAAGGAGAAGAGGAGAACGAAGAAGGACCUGUGGAAUCGGAGUGGGAAGCUGUGCCGGAAGAAGCGCUGCGCACGGGCACGGAGGCUGAAGAUUGGGAGGCGGCCCGCAAAAGAGAAGAAACCACGGCCGGGACGAGGGAACUAGAGUUUGUGAGCGGGGCAAGCUUGCACGUCCACGACGACCCAAACCAAGAUCCGGAGCCGCCCCGACCAGAACAUGGCGACCUCACGGCCACGACUCCGACCCCAUCAACACGGCGACGGAGUCGAUCCCCCUCCUCCCCAACCCGUCCCCCAGUUCGCCGACGUACCGAUACGGGUGAUAGGCCUUCGAGGAGGAGGAGGAGGAGGAGGAGGACAAAGACGGAAAAGAGGGAGGGAGGAGGAGGAGGAGGAGGAGGACAAAGACGAAAACGAGGGAGGAGGGAGGAGGAGGAGGAGGAGGAGGACAGAGACGGAAAAGAGGGAGGGAGGAGGAGGAAGAGGACAAGAGAAAAAGAAGGCGGAGGAGGAGGAGGAGGAGGAGGAGAAAGACGAAAAAGAAGGGAGGAAGACGACAAAGGGGAAGGAGGAGGAGGAGGAGGAGGAGGAGGAGGAGGAGGAGGAGAGGGAAGAGGAAGAGGACACAAGAAAAAGAAGGCGAAGGAGGAGGAGGAGGAGGAGGAGGAGAAAGACGAAAAAGGAGGAAGAGGACAAAGGGGAAGGAGGAAGAGGAGAGGGAAGAGGAAGAGGACGAAGAAGAAGAAGAAGAAGAAGAAGAAGAAGAAGCAGAAGCAGAAGCAGAAGCAGAAGCAGAAGAAGAAGAAGAGGCAGAAGAAGAAGAAGGAGGACGGGGAGGGGGCAGAAGCAGAAGAAGAAGAAGAGGCAGAAGAAGAAGAAGAAGGAGGAGGACGAGGAGGGGGAGGAGGAUGAGGACAAAAAAGGAGAAGAAGAAGAAGAAGAAGAAGGAUAAACAGAGAGAUGUCACAUCCAGCAGUGAAUCGUGCUCUGUAUCUAUGCGCUACUGUUGGCAGCAACCAACGCAGACGACAGCUGCGCGCGCAAAUGCCACCGCCCAUACUUUUUCCGUCAUCCUACUUCGCUGUGUUUUUUUUGAAGAGGCUGGACCUCAAACCUAGAUUUUGAAUUGGGUAAAAGAGCCCUUGAUCCGAUCACCUCUUCUCUCAUUCCGAAGGGGUAAGGGAGGCGAAAGGGAGGGGUGAAGGAGAUGGCGGGGUGGUUGGGGGGGUAGAACACGACCUUGUUGGGUUUAGCAGGCAGCUGGAUGAGGCUCGCGUGGAGGGUUUAAGACCAGCAUGAACAGAGAGCAGCAAAUGGGCCAGAUGGGACAUGACCCACCCACGGCUUCCGAUAGGAAACAGUAAUGGAGCGAAAGGGGGAGGGGGGAGGGAGAGAGAAGAGAGAGAAGGGGAGAAGAGGGAUUGUUUAACUCUAGUUGCGAACGUAUAUAUAGAGAGAGAGAGAAAGAGAGAAGAGGGGAAGAGGAUGACUCGUUUCAACUGCAGGUGCAAAGAUAUAGCCCAGACAGGUUUUGAGGUAGCUUCUUUUUUCUAGCGAUAUUCCCUUCCCCCCUGGCCCCCUGCGCCCCCCCCCAUCGUCCUUUCCCUCCGAACCAAAUUACCUCUCGCUAAAAGAGCUACAGUAGGCAGCCAGUGCAGCUGAUGAGCUCUAUCUAAAUUAG